CUGAGUAUGCAGUGCACUUUGAUCAGUCAGCUUAUUUACGAAGUUCAUCAGCACAAACUCUGUAUCAGUAUAGGUCUUAAUCUUCUUACGAAUCUACUGGAGGUAGUGAGCUAAAUUCAACAGAAAGAAGGACUGAGUCGGACACAACACAGAAAUUUUACUUGGGCAUCAGUACUUCUGGUGUGCUAAGAUCGUGCAGUAGCAGUGAUAGAAAAGUAAAAACAACAUGAGUGGAAAUAAGAGUGAAGUUUUUUUACGAAGUGUUUCAACAGGAUGUUACACUUCAACGCGGGACUGCUUUCUUAGCUCCGGGAAAGACAUCCCGAAAGCGCGUGUUUUUGCUUUUUUUCGCUUUUCCGGGUCUACGCAUGAAGAUGUUUUCAAGCAGACAGUACUGCCUCCUCAACGCUUCAUCAGCGCAACCCCCCGGCCCGGCCCGCUGGCGCGAGGGGCGGCGCUCCGGUAGGCCAAUCGGCGCGGGCGGUUCCGCCGGCGCCCAACGGGGGCAGCGGGCCGGGGCCGGGCGGCAGGAGGAAGCGGCGCGAUGGGGCCGGCGGCGGGGGACGCGGAACCGGCGGCAGCGGCGAGAGGCAGUCCGUGGCUGCUGCUGGCGCUGCCGCCGCUGCUGCUGUUCGCGCUGGUGGUUCGGCAGCUGCUGAAGCAGCGGCGGCCGCCCGGCUUUCCGCCGGGUCCCGCGGGGCUGCCCCUCAUCGGCAACAUCCACUCCCUGGGCGCGGAGCAGCCGCACGUCUACAUGCGGCGCCAGAGCCAGAUCCACGGGCAGAUUUUCAGUCUUGAUUUGGGAGGUAUAUCUGCUAUUGUACUGAAUGGCUAUGAUGCAGUGAAAGAAUGCCUUGUUCACCAAAGCGAAAUUUUUGCUGACAGACCAUCUCUUCCUUUGUUUAAGAAGCUGACAAACAUGGGAGGCUUACUGAACAGUAAAUACGGCAGAGGAUGGACAGAACAUCGCAAAUUAGCUGUAAAUACCUUUCGAACUUUUGGAUAUGGUCAAAGGUCCUUCGAACACAAAAUUUCAGAAGAAUCUGUGUUUUUCCUUGAUGCCAUUGAUACCUACAAAGGCAGACCAUUUGAUCUUAAGCACUUGAUAACAAAUGCCGUUUCAAACAUUACUAAUUUGAUUAUUUUUGGAGAACGUUUUACAUAUGAAGAUACUGAAUUUCAGCACAUGAUUGAGAUUUUCAGUGAAAAUAUUGAAUUAGCUGCUAGUGCCUCUGUAUUUUUAUAUAAUGCUUUUCCUUGGAUUGGUAUACUGCCAUUUGGGAAACACCAGCAGCUGUUUAAAAAUGCAGCUGAAGUCUAUGACUUUCUUCAUAAGCUUAUUGAGCGAGUCUCUGAAAAUAGGAAGCCUCAGUCACCUCGGCAUUUUAUAGAUGCAUAUUUAGAUGAGAUGGAGUGCAACAAAAAUGAUCCAGAAUCUACAUAUUCAAGAGAAAACUUAAUUUUCUCUGUUGGAGAACUCAUCAUAGCUGGGACAGAAACCACAACAAAUGUUUUAAGAUGGGCAGUGCUAUUUAUGGCUCUUUAUCCAAACAUUCAAGGACAUGUUCAAAAAGAAAUCGAUUUAGUCAUUGGCCCAAACAAAAUGCCUGCCUUAGAAGAGAAAUGUAAAAUGCCAUAUACUGAGGCUGUUCUCCACGAAGUUCUAAGAUUCUGUAACAUAGUUCCACUAGGUAUUUUUCAUGCGACUUCCAAAGAUACUGUUGUACGUGGUUACUCUAUUCCUGAAGGCACAACAGUUAUUACAAACCUCUACUCUGUACAUUUUGAUGAAAAAUAUUGGAACAACCCAGAAGUGUUUUUUCCUGAGAGAUUUUUGGACAGCAGUGGACAGUUUGUCAAGAAAGAUGCAUUUAUUCCUUUUUCAUUAGGAAGAAGACAUUGUCUUGGAGAACAGCUAGCUCGAAUGGAACUGUUUUUGUUUUUCACUUCGUUACUACAACGAUUUCACCUGUGUUUUCCUCAUGGUGGGAUUCCAGAUCUCAAACCAAGAUUAGGCAUGACAUUACAACCACAGCCAUACCUCAUUUGUGCAGAAAGACGAUGAAGAGAAGUGUCUAGACUGUCAGGUGGAGUAAAAUGGUCCAAGUUGCUGCCAAGGAGUCACGUGCCUUCUAUUUCUAAAUGUAUUCAAGUUGGAAGAACAAAAAUGUUAAUGACUUAAACUAUGGUCAUUUGUGCACAAGUUCAUGGUUUCUUUUUACUUGGUUUUAAAAAAAAAAAAAAACCUCUCAACCAAGAAUAUAAAACAAAUCCCGUGUUUAAAGUUGAUGUUUCCACUCCAUAAAUUUGUUUUGAAUCCAACUUCUGAUUCAGUUUUUAAUUUCUUAGCAUGCUAUUUUACUUUGAGAGAAUAUUUUUAUAACAUAGAUAAUAUGGCUCCAUUUUUUAUACUCAGAUUUAUCUGUAGAAAUCCUGUAUACAUUAUUCCAGCAAAGCUGUUAUUUAUAAUUCUCUAUUAAAUUCACAUAGCUAAAAAGAUUUUAAAGAUAUGUUUACAUUUCUGUAACUAAGAAGUUAUCAUUUGCAGCCUUGACAAACAAAUUGAUAAUUAAAGCAUUAAAAUCCCUCCUUCAUCA